GUCACUUGUUAUUCAUUCUAGCGUCGGCGGUCUAUUCGUUGUUUCUUGUCUACGUGAGUCUGUAUCGGGUUCGCGCAUGGAGCGUUUUAAUCAAAUCGCCGCGUUCUAAUAGCUUGAAACAAUUAAGCAAUUAGGGUAUCCAACUGCCUCCGAAAAUAUCGGGAAUUGGUGGAGCCGACGGAACUCAAUUGUGGUACACGAUCUCAAAAAUGAAAACUCGAAAUAUAUCCUCACACCUGACACACAUCUCGCCCAACAGGCGUAACAUCCUAUCGACUCGGCUGGAGAGCGGCAAGGGACCUCGCCUUGGAUCUCAGCCUGAGUUCUUGCAGAGACUUUUGUAUCGGGGUUGGACAUCAUACCACCGCCAGCACUGUCUGCUGCUUUCUUCGGCAGGCUUCUAUACUAGCCCUUACGGCGACACGGCUAGCUGUCGAGUGCGUGCGCUUGUAUGUGCGAGAUUCUUCCGCGUUGUUGCUCAAUACUUCUGCUCCUAGGAGACUGUAUUGGAUUCGUUUUCUAUCAAACAUACGGCGCGCGGCCACAAAGGCGACACCAGCUGACUCCCGACGCCGCUACUACCGCCAAAAUCCAAAUGGAAAGAACACGAAAUCGAGGCAAUCAUUCGGCAGACCCAGCCCAACCAGGAAAGCAAAGCAGAACGGGUGGACUCAGAAAACAGACGGAUACAAAUAAAGCCAGGCCGCAGUAGAGAGAUGGACGACCUUCCGUCAUCAGCCGAUCUCAUCGUCCUUGGCACCGGUCUUGGCGAAUCGAUUGUCGCGGCCGCUUGCUCGCGGAUCGGCAAAAGUGUCCUCCAUUUUGAUAAUCGAUCCCAUUACGGAGCGCACUUUGCCGCCUUCAGCUUCAACGACCUCAAUGAGGCUCUUGACAAUCAAGCCAAUGCUACCAAAGAGACGGAUAACAGCGUGCCGCUUGACAGAAGUAUUCCUAAAGGUCAGCAUUUUGUGCCGGCAAGACAAGUACCCUUAUUUUCGAAUGUCUGUGUAGAACUGCGAAUACCAGAAGGCUGCGGAUGGACAGAGGACUGUUUGCGGAAGGAUUCCCGUAAAUUUAACUUGGAUCUUGCACCCCGUCUACUCUUUGCUCGGGGCAAAAUGGUAGAACUGUUAAUCUCAUCAAAUAUUGCAAAGUAUGCCGAAUUCAAGCUCGUUUCGCGUGUGCUAACACUUAAGAACGGUACCCUCGAACAGGUCCCGUGUUCUCGCGCGGACGUGUUUGCAACAAAAAGUGUGAACGUCGUCGAGAAGCGGGCACUCAUGAAAUUGAUGACUGCGAUUCAAGAUUUUGAAAAGCAAGAAAUAUUUGCGGACUGGUUAGACAAACCUUUCAGUAACUUUCUGGAGCAGAAAGAACUUCAUCUGACCGAUAACUUACGCCACUUUAUCGUUAACUCAAUAGCGAUGUGUGAUGAAAGCACGCGGACAAGUCUGGCCCUGGCCAAUGCGAAAAAAUUUCUUCAGUCACUUGGUCGUUACGGCAACAGCCCGUUUUUAUGUCCGAUUUAUGGUUGUGGCGAGCUGCCUCAGUGCUUCUGUAGAUUAUGCGCGGUGUUCGGUGGUAUUUACCAUUUAGAAAGGAAAACCGACGGCUUUCUGGUUAAUAACAAUGACAAUAGGAUCGUGGGAGUAAUCUCCCAGGGAAAAACAUUUACAGCUAGCCAUGUCAUCGCCAAUCUGGAUACGUCACCUCAACCGAUGGCAGAAAGCAUCGAGUAUGUUUCAAGAGGAAUAGUGAUUGCUUGUGAAUCGAUGCUUCCUCUUGAAAAAGAGCAAAUCACGCUAUUACGCGUGCCUCCUGAGGGAACGCGGCAAGCUGUCACUGUCAUCGAGCAAGGUCCAGGAAUGAUGGUCUGUCCAAAAGGCCUCGUUGUUGCGCAUUUAUCUUGCCGAAAAGGUGAAUUAGCCACAGCGCAAGAGGAUCUCAAACCGGUAGUUGAUCAGCUUUACCCAUACGACAAGCAGGUGUGGGUAGCGUACUUCAAUACGCCAGAUACUGCAAGCAAAGCUUACUCGAUUUCUGGUGACAUCCACAAUCUAUUCACAAUGGCAUCACCUGGUCUUCACUUGGAUUACGACUUCCACAUCGAUCAGGCACAGCACGUCUUUUAUAGUAUGUUCCCAGAGGAGAAGUUUCUGCCAAGAGCACCAGACCCAGAAGAAAUUAUUCUGGACUUCGAAGAGCCUAGCGCAAAACCCGCUACCGGUGGGGUUGAGCAAUCGACUGCUCAGUGUUUAGAUGCGCCUGUAUCGAAUUUAAAUUUAGAGAGCCAGCCAGGGAAAGAUCAACAAGAUGAAGCUUUAAAUUGCGCCACGAAUAUCCGAGAAGAUGUCGAGCAAAAUGAAACGGGCAUGAACUAAUUAAUGUUAAUUUUGUACUGGUGGACUUACCUUGUGAAAAUAACAUAUUUCUCUUUUUUUUUUUUGUUUUCAAUGCAUUGUUUUUAGUUACUACAUGGAUAGACUCGAAUAUAGGCGCCAUCGGCAGGCUAUAAACAAGUUAAAAUUUCUUCUCAGAUUUUGCUUGGCUUGUGA